AUGUUGUCUCUCUCCCAAUCGUUUUUAUCUUAUCCUUUUCAGAUGAUGUAUCUUUCUUGUAGUAACAAUUUAGUGAUUAGUGUGGGAAAUGUUCUUGAAUAAGAUUUCAAAUUCGGAGAUAGUACUGCUGCUAUGUCUUGUUUUUCGAUUUCUUCUAGUAUUUGAUAUUCAUCCCUCCUAGGUUUGGUGUCUGGUUUAUGGGCUUCUGGGUAUGCAUAUAAUUUUAAUUUGGUAUUUGGCAGGUAAACUGCCAUAGUUUUAUUUUCAUUUCUUUCUGGGUUCCCCUUUGGAUUCUUAAUUCCUUGAAAUGGGGAAAUUGCUCCAACGUCUCCCUGUCUAUGCUUACCGUUAGUACCAAAAUUUAUUAGACUAGUGUUACUUCUUGUUGAGUUAUUUUCCAUAACAUAAAGUUGAGCUUUUUUUCUUCCUUGGCACGUCUGCUUUUGUGGGUUGGUGAACUGAUUUUUCUCAUGUAUUUUUAGGGUAUUGCUCAUAGGUAAUAGGUUGUGUCAGGUUCUAUCCUCAUUUACUGUGGGGAUCUAUGAGUGGGAUAUUUAAGUGGUAAAUCCAUGGCAUUAGUAGACCACAAUCUGAUAUACAUGGAAGGUGGAAGGUUAUGAUUAUGGGUUCUAUACUUUUAUAUGUUCUUGUUGCUUUGCCUGCUAAGAUAUAAACAUAAUGUGUUGGUUGCAGGGUUGUGCUUUUCCAUGAUUAUGUACAAGGAUGAGAUCUGACUGCAGUAUAAAUGGGAUGCUAAUAAUAAUUGGAUUAGUGUAGUGACCUGUUGUUCAUUGAUGGAGGGAGAAACAUCAUGGAUCAAUGAUUGCUUUGAUGAUGUGGCAAGAGACAUUGGUGAGUUUGAUUCAUUCUCAGAGCUUAGUGAUGAAAGCAGUAAAGAAAUUAGUGCAGUUUCUGUGGAUUUAAUCCUGCCUGAUGAUCUGUUGGAACGGAUUCUAGCUUAUCUUCCUAUUGCUAGCAUCUUUAGAGCAGGUUCUGUGUGUAAAAGAUGGCGUGAUAUUGUUAGUUCGAGGAGGUUCUUAUGGAAUUUCUCUCAUGUCCUUCCACAAAAACCCUGGUACUUUAUGUUUACAAGCUCUGAUGAACCUGUUGGCUACGCCUAUGAUCCUGUCCUCCGAAAAUGGUAUGGCAUUGAUCUCCCAUGCAUCGAGACAUCCAGUUGGUUCAUUGCUUCAUCUCAUGGUUUAGUUUGUUUCAUGGACAACGAUAGCAGAAGUGAUUUGUAUGUCUGCAACCCCAUCACCAAGUGUUGCAAGAAGCUUGAGGAGCCUCCAGGUUUAAAAAUAGCUGAUUACAGCGCACUUGCAAUUUCAGUGAACAGGAAGCCGCAUGGAUAUACCAUCUCAAUUGUAAAGUCUAAGCAAGUCCCAGGAAAUUUUUUUCAAUGGGAUCUUUCUAUUUGUACUUAUGAUUCUGAAACAAGGAUGUGGGUGGCUUCUUGGUCUGAGGUUUUGACUGGGUGGAGAAGUGGUGACGAGAGUGUGAUCUGUGGUGGGGUUUUGUACAUUUUGAUUUACUCAACUGGGGGUGGCACACCAGAGAAUCGCCAUGCUUUGAUUACAUAUAAUCUCUCCUGUAGAUCUUCUCGUGGUUUAUUGAUAAGGAGUUUCAUUCCUGUGCCUUGUCCACUUACUUGCGGACGUCUGAUGAAUUUGAAGGAGAAGCUGGUAAUGGUUGGAGGAAUUGGUAAACAAGACCGGCCUGACAUAAUUAAGGGGAUUGGGAUUUGGGUCCUAAAUGGCAAGGAAUGGCAAGAGAUUUCUCGUAUGCCUCACAAGUUUUUUCAAGGAUUUGGGGAGUUUGAUGAUGUUUUUGCCAGCAGUGGCACAGAUGAUCUUAUAUAUGUCCAGAGCUAUGGGGCUCCAGCUCUUCUUGUUUUUGACAUGAACCAGAAACAGUGGAAGUGGUCACAGAAGUGCCCAGUGACAAAGAGGUUCCCGCUUCAGCUUUUUACUGGUUUUUGCUUUGAACCAAGGCUUGAGAUUGAGCCAUAAUUUGUUUCUUGUUGAAAUUUAAUAUGGUGCUGAUAACAAAUUUGUCUGAAAGUCCCACAUUCUCCUUUUUGUUUGUUUUGGCUCUUACUUUCAAUCAUCAUGAAAUUUGUUGUGGAAAAUUUGACACCAAAUGUAACAACAGAUAGAGCUUCUCAUUCUUAAAAAUGGGAAUAUUAUUCUUUGCAUUGGGAAAUAUAUAUAAAUACAACUUUGUCACUGUUUUCUUAUUGA